CACUCCUUUUGACUUUCCAUACCAUUUUUUCCUCCGUGACAACUAUUACAGUCAGAGGUAAAUUAAGAACGCACAAGCACCACAGGUUAAUUAGCUGGUUUCUUGAAUAUUUCUACACCUUGCAAGGGGAGGAGUGUGCAUGUAUAGGUUGGGCACGACUGGGGUGUGCUAGACCGGCAGCAUGGUCUAGGAUGGCGUCGUCGGGCGACGGCGUGACGGCGGAGAGGGCGGCCUCGGCUGUGAACGACCUGAUCGAGGCGCGCGAGGGAGUGGCGAGGCUCAGGAGGUUGAUCUUGCAGGAGGACGACCAUCAUCGCUCGCCGUUGGUAGAGCUGGUGGACGGCGUACUGAACAGGCUGUCGAGCGCGAUGUCGGCGUUGGACCUUAGCGGUGCGGCGGCGGGAGGCCAGAGCCCGGCCGCCCGGUCGGAUGGUGCGAGGCAGUCGGUGAGCUCGAGCGGGAACACGAAGAAACGCAGUAGCUUCAGCAGAAGAUCACAACAGUCCUCUCACAAAAUAGUCACUGCUUCUCUGGAUGACGGCCAUAUAUGGCGAAAAUAUGGGCAGAAAGAGAUCCAGAAUUCACGCCAUCCGAGGAGUUACUUCAGGUGCACGCACAAGUCAAACCAAGGUUGCAACGCCAAGCGGCACGUCCAGCUCUGCGAGACCGACCCGUCCAAGCACGUCGUCACCUACUACGGCGAGCACACGUGCAGGGACCCCUCCACGAUCCCGCUCAUCGUCGACGCCGCCGGCGCGGCAGCCUACCGCGCCAACAACUUCAUCAGCUUCGCGCCGAGCUGCACCAACGCCGCCAGCACCGGCGGCGCUUCUUCGCAGCUGGCGAUGGACGGGAGCACUACUAAGCUGCCCACGUCGUGGUGCACCAGCGACGACGUUUUCAGCUGGCCGUCCGUCUCGUUCAUGCAGGUGGACGACCUCGCCGCCGUCGUGAGCUCCGCCGGGGUGACGUCAACCACGGUAGGGUCAGCUCCGGACUGCGGCGGGCUUGGUGACAUGGCUGGCUGCGGAGGCACCGGCGUCGGCAGCUUCCCCUCGUCUCCGAACAGCCUCGGGUUAAUGGUGGGAUCAGUCGAGAGCAUCGGAGAUGACGACUUUGGACCACCCUUAAGGAUGAAUUGAAGGCAGCGCGCAUUGUUGCAUGCAUACGUUGUUAGUGGUAGAAGUACUAGACUACUGGUGAUAAAGACCUGUCGCCGUCAUUGUGUACAGUUUAAUCUGAUCAUCUAUGCUUGGUGGAUCAUAAGUAUUGUAUACAGUUUGAUCUGAUCAUC